ACACAACACGGAUGGAGAGUGUUGAAUGAAUGGGCUUCCUUCCACGUCAGACUGUAGGGUGUUGUAUCCGGCAUGUGGGAUGCCGGAUGGGUCCAAGUGUCAUCCCCCGUGGAAUAGUAUAUCUUUACUUUGCUGCAGUCUUUGGGUUUAUUCAAAGACAUACCUUCACUCGCCUCCCUCCCUCGUCCUUCUACUUCCUCCCUCCCUCUUCUCCGCCAUUCCCUAUGGGAGGAGGGAGCCUUCCUUCUCGCACACCUCAACCCCCGUGGCCUGCCCCCAACCUCAACCAACUCACUCAAGUGAAGACAUGGCAAUCAGAGAACAUUUUUGUGGCUCGAUCAGGGCACAGGUCCCGAGAUGCACAGAGAGACGUUACUGUGGGAAUGCAAAAGAGGCAUCCCGGCGAUGUUUUCAGAGCGGUUCUGACUCACAUCACACACUUCGAUUCACUUCGAUUCAUUCUGAUGCAAACCGUGUGUUGAGUGUUGAGAAGUGCGUUGUUGGGCCUCAUUCCUGCAACACCCAUCCACUCCUCUGCCUCCAUGUUUAGCAGACAGUGCAUGAACAAUGAAUUCAUCUGCUUCCAACAGCGUUUUGGCAAGAAUGAAAUGCCAAACUUUCAAAACAGGUUCCGAUCUUUGUGUGUUCGAUGAAGGUCAGCAACCUCAAAAGCUCUGUCUUCGUCUACUUUAAUGCACACAAAAUAUAAAUAAGAUAGUCGCCAUGUGUGCUGAGACUAGGCAUAGAAACUAGCAUUGUGAAUGAUAAAUAGACAAAAUGAAGUUGGAUUGUAAGUGGAACUUGGUAGAAGCAAUUUUUUAUUACGUGUAUUUCAAAAAUCUUCAAAUGGGUUGACCAAACUGAAAUGAAAUUGAAUUGAAUUUGUAAGAAAUCUCAAGAUCAUA